AUGCCGAAUCGUUAUUAUCUAUCAACAGAACUCGGGGGUGUUGCCAAACGAGACUUUGAAAGGAUUCGCAUUCACCAACCCACCAGCGUGGUAGCUGACUCAUUGCAUAACGUUCACAUUGAGUUUAUCGAUAAGUCAUUUGAAGGAGAACUACAACUUGUAUAUGCCGAGUGCGACAUCGAAUCACCCUCAUACAGCCACCACGAUCUCGGGACCGUUUUUGUUGAACGCGACGCUCAACCUGAACGUUUUGUCUGGGUGACCCCUCCAGAUGCACCCCACUCGCAUUGUUUGCAUGCAUUCUCCAAAUCAAUUCUUGUCGGACGCUCCUCUCCAAUCCCAAUCUCAUCUCCAGAUUUGAAAAAGCGAGAGAGUAUUGCAGAUGUCGCAGAUGCUAUGGGACCUUGGUUUGACGGGGUGGCAUACAUGAAAUCGAAGAAGAAUGCAAAAAGUUUCGUCACCAAGGCAAAGAAUACCUCCGUCGCUAUCCUUGGAGGUGGAAUGUCGGGCCUUAUGACCAGUCUGCUGCUUGAGUCUGUUGGUAUCCACAACUGGCACAUCUAUGAGUCUUCAGAACGAGUUGGCGGUCGAAUUCGAACCAAAUAUCUCAACAAUACCUCACCGGAUCAGUACCAGUACCAAGAGAUGGGUCCUAUGCGUUUUCCCGUCGGCAUCACAUACGCCGACACGAAUGAGACGCUUGAGAUUCAGGAUCACCGUAUGGUAUUCCAGCUCGCAGAGACGCUAAAUAAGAUGAAUACCGACAAGCCUGAGCUGCAAGUCAACUUCAUUCCCUGGAUUCAAAAUGGACCAAAUGUCCCUGCAGCUUCGGGUGGAAACCGUUUACCAAAUGGGCGCAUUCCCACAGCUGCCCAGGUUGCGGCAAAUGCGUCACUUGUAUACACUGCCGCGUCAUCUAAUGAAACCGCCGCCACCGAUGCAGAGGCCGCAUACGAAAACUAUACAACUCUUGACAAUCGCGAAACACUCCGCAAGAUUGCAACAAAUAUGUACCAGGCCGACAAGAAAGCCGUUGACGAUGGCAUGUUCCACUGGUCUGAAGCUGGUUAUCUAAAAUAUGCACUGGGAUACGACGCCAAUGUCACCGACUAUGUGGCUGGUACAACCGACUCUCCCAUCUGGGGCGACUUUUACGACGAGGUCUACUUCGCUGCCACAAAAUGGCGCACCAUUGACAAGGGAUUGGAAUCACUUCCUCGCGCUUUCUACCCGCAUGUCGCCGACAAGGUCACCUUCAACCGCACUAUUCAGGGUCUAGCUUACAACGAAACUACCGGCAAAAUCGCAGUAGCGUGGCGUGAGGACCCACUGAAAAUGGCGCCCGAGACAAAGGAGUACGACUACGCCGUUGUAGCAGCACCAUUCAGCAAGGUCAGAUUAUGGGAUCUGCCGCGUUACUCGUCUCUCCUGAGUCGCGCGAUUUCCACUCUGAACUAUGACCCAGCCUGCAAGAUGGCUCUGCUCUAUAAGACUCGCUUCUGGGAGCACCUCGAACAGCCAAUCUUUGGCGGCUGUGGAUCGGUAGAUGUUUCCGGGGUUGGAAGGGUUUGCUAUCCAUCAUACAAUAUGAACGGCACUGGACCUGGCGUUAUUCUUGCUUCAUAUAUCUCUGGCACCCCUGCACGAUCUGCAGCCGCGCUUAAUCCCGAGGAACAUGUUGCGCUCAUCCAGCGAACCAUGAUUGAAGUUCACGGUGAAAUCGCUGCGGAACAGUUCACCGGAGUUUAUGAUCGACAGUGCUGGGAGUUCGAUCACCAUCAAGCUGGGGCUUGGGCUGAUCCACUUGUUGGACAGCAAGAGCUUUAUUUGCCUGCUUAUUACCAGACUGAGAUGAAGACCAUUUUUAUUGGUGAGCAUACUAGCUAUACCCAUGCUUGGAUAUUUUCGGCUUUGGACUCUGCUGUCCGUGGUACGACGCAAUUGCUGCUCGAUCUCGGACUGGUUGAUGAGGCGAAGUCUGUUGUGGAAACAUGGAUGGGUCGCUGGAUUAAGUUGUGA